CCUCGUCCUCCAGCUGAGCCUGCGGCCGGACGCCUGGCGCCCCUCUCCUAGCCUCCUACACCCGGGCCACCUCCUCCUCCCCCGGAUCAUUUUCCUCCUCCUCCUUUUCUCCUCCCCCGCCUCUUCCGUUUCUCAAGAGAAAGGCUGUAGCCUCCUUCUCGGCUCCUCAUCCCCGGCUUAGGUAAUACGUUUUCCUCCUUACGCCAGCCACCGGCUCCCCCGCCACCAUCUCUCUCCUCCUCGGAUCUGGGGCUGGGGCUGGCUGAGCAGCGCGCGUUCCAUCGCCUCUCUGGAGGGUAGCUGACAGCCCAGAGAGUGGGAGCCGAUUCCACCAGAAGCUGCCACUGAAAACCAAAGUUCAGAAAUGUCAGAGAUCCUCCAGGAACUGCUCCGUGUCUCAGAGAAAGCUGCCAACAUCGCCCGGGCAUGCAGGCAGCAGGAAGCUCUCUUCCAGCUGCUCAUUGAAGAAAAGAAGGAGGGAGAAAAGAACAAGAAGUUCACAGUUGAUUUCAAGACCCUGGCUGAUGUACUGGUGCAGGAAGUUAUAAAACAGAAUAUGGAGAACAAGUUUCCAGGCUUGGAAAAAAAUAUUUUUGGAGAAGAAUCCAAUGAAUUUACUAAUGAUUUGGGGGAAAAGAUUAUCAUAAAGCUGUGUUCGACAGAGGAAGAAACAGCCCAGCUUCUUAGCAAAGUCCUUAAUGGUAACAAAUCAGCAUCUGAAGCACUAGCCAAGGUUGUCCAUCAGGAUGUCACCUUUGCUGAUGCAGCUCUGGAUUCCAUAGUGAUCAACAUUCCACAGGACCUUAUGGGAAUCUGGGUGGAUCCCAUAGAUUCAACUUAUCAGUAUAUUAAAGGUUCUGCUGACAUUCAAUCCAACCAAGGAAUAUUCCCCUCUGGACUUCAGUGUGUCACUAUUUUAAUUGGUGUCUAUGACAUACACACAGGAGUGCCUCUCAUGGGAGUCAUCAAUCAACCUUUUGUGUCACAAGACCUAAACACUCUCAGGUGGAAAGGACAGUGUUACUGGGGCCUUUCUUACAUGGGGACCAACAUCCAUUCACUUGAGCGGGCCAUCUCUAAAAGAAAUGGCAGUGAAAAGCGAACUGAGAACUCCAACCCUGAGUCAGAGUCCUCCUCGGCUUUUUCAGCAGUCAUCAGCACUAGUGAGAAGGAGACCAUCAAGGCCGCGUUAGCCCGCGUGUGCGGAGAGAGGAUCUUCAGGGCAGCAGGGGCUGGUUACAAGAGCCUCUGUGUUGUCCAAGGCCUCGUAGACAUUUACAUCUUUUCAGAAGACACCACGUUCAAGUGGGACUCUUGUGCUGCUCAUGCCAUCCUGAGGGCCAUGGGCGGGGGAAUAGUGGACAUGAAAGAAUGCUUAGAAAGGCAUCCAGACUCUGGGCUGGAUUUGCCCCAGCUGCUGUACCACCUGGAAAAUGAAGGUGCCACUGGGGUGGAUCGCUGGGCCAACAAGGGAGGACUCAUUGCUUACAGAUCCAGGAAGCGGCUGGAGACGUUCCUGAGCCUCCUUGUCCAAAACCUAGCUCCUUUGGAGACACAGGCAUAGAGGUCUCUGGCCUCAAAGUACAUAUAAGCCAAACUGCAACUGUUAUUUCUAUCUUUUGAAGAUAGUUUUGUCCUAUUGUUGGCUAACAUUCGCCUUCCUCUUUUGAGGAAUAUUUUUCCAUUAUGUGUUCAUAAUGUUAAUUUCAGUAAAUUAAUGACAUUCAUGCAGUAAAUUGAUGUAUGAUAUUCUUACAGUGAAUAUGGUGUUAAUGUUGCUUGAAACUUAUUCAAUAAAAUAUUGAAGAAAGAGGAAAAAUCCUA